AUAACUCCGACCCUGCGUCAUUCCAUGAUGGCUGAAGAUCCUGGCGGGACUAUUUUCAAUAUCACUGAUAUUAUUUUUUCUUUUUCUCUAUUCCGGCUUGCCAUAGAGCCAUGGCUGGACUCACAGCAGCGUUGAGCGUCCACAGAACAUUAGCGUCGACAUGCCCAAGAAAGGGAACCGAAAACGGCUGAAAUUUAGGGCUGGGGACAUUUGCUCGGAAUCAGUGACUGUAGCUGAUUAUGCUGAUGCGGAUCCAGCCGUUGUCAAGUCAGGUCGAGUGAAAAAGUCUUUCGCAAAUGCAGUUGAAAAAGAAGUCAAAUUGCUCUGCGGCCUGGAAGCAUCCCAGGGUGCUGUGGAAGAUGUCCUCUCAUCUGCGGAAACCAUCAAAACAGAUGGUUUGGAGAGCAUUGAUGACUUAGACAUCGAGGAAGAUGGUGACAAUGAUUCUAAAAUGGUCAACAAGAAAAAGAACAAGAGGAGAAAAGAGAGCAGUGAUGGGAAGGAGUACCCAGUGGACAUCUGGCUGGUGCUUUCUUCUUAUAUUAGGCCGGAAGAUGUGUGCAGAUUCUCACUAAUCUGUAGAAAUGCCUGGAUGGUCACAUGCACUGCAGUAUUUUGGACCAGGCUAUACAGAAGACAUUACCGAGUGGAUGUUGACCUGCCCUUUCGUCUCCAGCCCGACUGCAUCGACAAGACAUGCUGUCUCAGGGCCCGUGUGAUUCGCUCGCUUUUUUAUUUGUAUGAGCCGUUCAGCGUGCGUGCCUCCAAAAUCCCAACCCUGCCAGAAUUUACACCCACAACCUUGCUCAAUUCCAAGUGUGUAUUGUUCUGGGUAAUAAAAGUGACUGGGACUCGACCGGAAGGAUUGUGGGAAUUCAACUUCAAGUUUUUAAAACAGGGACACACCAAAAAGGGUCGUGCCAAGUCCCUGCACAUGCCCAAACAGUACGAAGACAUCCAUGCAAAUCCAGACUCGAACAGUUACUUGCUUCAGGUGUCAACAUUCAACUUCAUCUUCACCCCGGUGGUCAUGGGCAUGAAUCUUUCCCUGUUCACCAUCAAUGUCAGCACGGACCACCACCGCGUUCGACUGGUGUUUCAGGACUCUGUGGCUCUGAGAGGCAAGAAGAGAGUGGAUCAUGGUGGGAUGCAGGUAGUGUUGGAUCCUGUACACAGUGUGAGGCUCAUGGAUUGGUGGCAUCCACGGUACCCUUUGUCGCAGUGAACAUCACACAAACAAUCCUGACCGUUAUCUCCCUGUUUGCCCAAGAGAAAUUUAAUCUGAUCCCUGAUUAUAGUGUCAAAUAGAACGUCAAACUAUGUUAUUGCAUCCACACUCUUUAUUUCUUUAAAGCCUCUACAGCAGGGGUGUCCAAACUACAGCCUGCGAGAUGUCACAAUAAAAAAUCAGUCACACAUGUAUAUGUCACACAGGGUGCUUCCAACUUAAUUAUAAACAUGACAGUACAAUUGCUAGAAUUCUGUCACCAUCUUGUGGUCAUCAUAAGUAAUUCAGGUGACUGACCAUGAAUUGCACUUUUCAAGUGUAUACAGCAGAGCAUUUUUAUAUAUAACCCAAUACAAACAACCUUUCCCACUCAUGGUGUAAAUAAACUAACAGAAAAGGUCAACACACAUGGUCUCACAUAAUACAACCUGCUCACUGAAGUUUGUGGAUAUUAUAAAACAUGUCCAAGCGCAACACAUAAUUUAAAAUUGCACCCAUUUAUUUAAUCCCCUGCAGUGCAUGAUGGGGAAAAUGCAAAACCCUCUUUAAACACUUAUCAAUUUUUGGCACAUUUCAGCUUCUUAAUAUUUCUGAUUGAUUACAAAACAUUUAGUAGGUUGUCGCAGAAGUAAACAAGGUAGUAGUCUAACUUUCACAUGCUCUUAAUAUACAAUUAUAUACAUUAAUAAUUCAAUAUGUAUAUAUAUAUAUAUAUUAAUAUAAUAUGUGUAUUUACGUAUAUAUUUGUAUAAAAAAACAUGUGUACAUAUAUUUUGGGGAGAUGUUUAAGGCACGUCCGACCGGUAGGAGACCACAGGAAAGACCCAGGACACGAUGAAGAGACUAUACUAUGUCUCCCAGCUGGCCUGGGAACGCCUAGGGAUCCCCCGCGAAGAGCUAGACAAAGUAACUUGGGAGAAGGAAGUCUGGGCUUCUCGGCUUAGGUUGCUGCGCCCGCGACCCGACUUCGAAUAAGCGGAAGAAGAUGGAUAUAUUUAUAUAUACAGUAUAUAUAUAUAUACACUACCGUUCAAAAGUUUGGGGUCACCCAAACAAUUUUGUGGAAUAGCCUUCAUUUCUAAAAACAAGAAUAGACUGUCGAGUUUCAGAUGAAAGUUCUCUUUUUCUGGCCAUUUUGAGCGUUUAAUUGACCCCACAAAUGUGAUGCUCCAGAAACUCAAUCUGCUCAAAGGAAGUUCAGUUUUGUAGCUUCUGUAACGAGCUAAACUGUUUUCAGAUGUGUGAACAUGAUUGCACAAGGGUUUUCUAAUCAUCAAUUAGCCUUCUGAGCCAAUGAGCAAACACAUUGUACCAUUAGAACACUGGAGUGAUAGUUGCUGGAAAUGGGCCUCUAUACACCUAUGUAGAUAUUGCACCAAAAACCAGACAUUUGCAGCUAGAAUAGUCGUUUACCACAUUAGCAAUGUAUAGAGUGUAUUUCUUUAAAGUUAAGACUAGUUUAAAGUUAUCUUCAUUGAGAAGUACAGUGCUUUUCCUUCAAAAAUAAGGACAUUUCAAUGUGACCCCAAACCUUUGAACGGUAGUGUAUAUAUACACACACACACACACACACACACACACACACACACAAGCCAAAAGUUUGGACACAACACAACUGAUGUUCCCAACCCCAUUGAUAAAGCAAUAAUUUCCACUAAUCAACCCUGAUAAGGCACACCUGUGAAGUGAAAUCCAUUUCAGGGGACUACCUCUUGCAGCUCAAUUAGAGAAUGCCAAGAGUGUGCAAAACAGUAAUCAGAGCAAAGUGUGGCUAUUUUGAAGAAACUAGAAUAUAAAACAAGUUUUCAGUUAUUUUACCUUUUUUUGAUAAGUACAUACUGUAACUCCACAUGUGUUCAGUCAUAGUUUUGAUGCCUUUAGUGACAGUCUACAAUGUAAAUAGUCAUGGGAAAAAAAGAAAAUGCAUUGAAUGAGAAGGUGUGUCCAAACUUUUGGCCUGUACUGUAUUUAUUUCUGUAUAUAUAUAUAAUGUGUGUAUAUAUAUAUAUAUAUAUAUAUAUAUAUAUAUAUAUGUAUACAUACACAUAUGUAU